AUGCGCUUUUUCCUGCACACGGGCGGUGAACGUAGCAUUUCGCCCCCGACAAUUGGCCCCGUUCCUGACGAAUACCCCACCCGUCGAUUAGACUCAUUCCAACUGCGAAGCUGUUCACUCCGCGACGACACUAAUGCACCAUCAAUUCUCAUGCUGGGUGACUGUCCUACAGAAUGGUUACCUGCCAUCCGCCUGGCACAAGCGGUGUCCGAGUAUGAGGCGGACCUUACCCGAGACCAAAAGGAGGCGUUCAAUCGCUACAGAUCUCGCGCAUGUGAGGAGCCGCCAUCGAUUCAAGACGUGAUGCAGCUCACUGCGGAUAUUGAUGAACGAUUAUCCAAUAAACAAUUUGUCUCUUUGGGCGACAUAAUUGUUGGAGGAACGCAGAAUCUGGUGGCCAGUGGAGUAUGGGCAUUACUGGAGUCGCGAGCCAGGGACAUCAAAGAUGAGGUGAACUACCUCAUGGCCCAGAGAAUUGAGGAACAAGCCAGCUUUACCACCCAGCUCUGGUCAAGGAAAUACUCAAAAGAAAUCACGCAUCAGCGUCAGAUGAAAGCAUAUCUUGCAGCACUGGAGUUUUGUUCCACUUACGACUACAUGGCACCGUGGAAGCAAGCGCGAAGACUUGGUAACACGAACCUGUUCUGCCAAUGCCCACAAUAUAUUGACUGGCGGGAGCGAGCCUCAUCAUGCUCUGUGAUUCUUACGGGUAGACUGGGCUCCGGGAAGUCGGUCUUGUUGGCCAAUAUGGUUGAUGACCUAAACCUGAAAAUCCAAGGGCAGAACGUCAUCGUGGCUUUUUUCUUCAGCAGGCAUGAUCUCCCAGAGAGUCUGAAGCCUCGAAACAUUAUUGGUUCGAUAGCACGACAGCUGCUUUGGUCAACACCAGGGAUGGCAGACAAAGUCAGGAAUCUUGACCUUAAAGGAGAGCCUGAUGAAUUUAGAACAAUAAGACGCCUGAUUGAAACUUGUCUUCCUCCGGAGCUGAAGGCUUAUCUUGUGAUCGAUGGUCUAGACGAGUGCGAAACCGCGGACAGACAGAUUGUGAUCGAAGAACUACGAUGGCUUCAACAAAGGAUCUCGCUUCUGGUCUGUGCUUCCGUUCGGAAAGAACCUCGAGAUCUGUAUGGAAUUGACCUGGCGUGGGAGAGAUUGGAGUCUGCUGAAAUUGUUGCAACUCCAGACAAUGCCAGCGAUAUCGAAGUGUUCAUUGAGACGGAGUUGGAACUCUGCAUCAGAUCAGGAAAGUUGACGAUCGGAAAUCCACUCCUCAUCUUGGAGAUACAAGACGCUCUACUGAAAGGAUCCCAAGGGAUGUUCCUUUGGGUGGCUCUCCAAAUAGAUAAUCUUUGCACGAUGUGCACAGAUGAAGCUAUUCGUCAAGCACUAGUCGAUCUCCCACGUACCCUCUCCGAAACAUUUAAUCGCAUCCUCCGAAGGUUUGACUCGAACCUAGCCAGAGCUCAUCAGAAAUCAAUACUGGAGAUAAUUGUCGCAGCUCGACAUCCACUGAAUCCCGGAGAACUGCGGGAGGCCCUCAGUGUGGAACCUGGUAAUACUACCUGGAACCCGUCGAAGCUUGUCAAUGAUAUAUUCGGUAUUUUGACAUGCUGCGGAGGUUUACUCACAAUUGACGAAGAAGAGAAUACCGUGCGGCUUGUCCAUAGCAGUGUCAGACAGUUCUUGAUUGGGUCAGAAGCCGUGGAUUCAGAGCCUAUGGUUCCAUCAAGAUUCACGCUUGAGGAAGCACAACGCAAGAUGGCUGACAUAGUAAUAACCUAUCUCAACUACGGCGUCUUUGAGACGCAAAUAUCGACUCGAGUGAAGACACCACUGCAUGUUGAUUCCGCGCCUGCAAAAAUUGUGGAAUCUGUCUUUGAAGUACCGAAUGUUGUUCGGGAUCUGGCAAUGAGCCUUUUGAAACUCAGAAAAACUCCAGGAUUUGACUUGGGCAAAACCCUGGAACAGCUUCGUCCCGGGCAUCAAUCUGUAGCUGACCAGAGGUUUUCGUUUUUAUCCUACGCAAAGUCCAACUGCCUAUACCACGCCGUCUGCAAACUGGAACAAGCAAAGGCUCCAGAGAGCAUUGAUUCAUUACUUCGGUUGCUUGGGGGCAAUAUGCUAGACACCAAUACUGACGAUGGUCACACGCUAUUGCUCCUUGCCGCAGAAAAAGGCAUUGAAUCGAUCGUGAAGGUACUCCUACAAACCGGCGAAAUCAAUCCAAAUUCAACCGACCAAUCUGGGCAAACUCCCCUCUUCCUCGCUGCUGCUUCCGGACACGAAGCCAUCGUGACACAUCUUCUCGGUACAAACACUGUAGACGCCAACAUACCCAGCAAGGACAGACGAUAUGCUCUUCAUGUUGCAAUCCAGAGGAAAAACAACUCAGUCGCCGAGAUUCUCAUCAAAUCUACACGCACUAAUCUCAAUGCCAAGGACGACUUUGGCCGAGCACCAUUACACAUGGCCCUUGAUUCGAUGGAUACUGACCCUAUCGCACGCCUUCUUCUCACAUUCCCAUCGACAUUACUUGAUGAGAAAGACGACAUGCAUGGAGCAACGCCCCUUCACAAAGCUAUCAGCAUUGGCAACAAUGCCAUCGCAAAGGUCCUCCUCAAUUCAGGCAAAGUCAAAACCAACACCAAGAAUCGGGACGGCCAAACCGCUUUCCACUUAGCUGCCAAAUACGACAAAACAGGUGAAAUCACCCAGAUUUUGCUCCAAUUGAAUCACACCGAUGCAGACAAAGAGGACAAAGAGAUGAUAACGCCCAUUCACCAAGCCGUUAAAAGCAGAAAUUCAGCCACCCUAAAAGUCCUCAUAGACUCUGGCCAGAUUGACCCCCCCUUCAAGGUCAACGGUCGCCUCCUGAACAUCAAUAGAUGGACCGUCAUGCACGCAGUCGCGCAAUACGGGGACGAAGAAAUGACGAAGCUCCUUCUGAGCUACGAUCAAGUCGACGCAAAUGCCCGCGACUACGAUGGGGAGACUCCACUACAUUAUGCGUCAUCGAGCGGGAAUGUACCCUUUAUCAGGUGCAUGCUUGAGUCCGAUAAGGUAGUUGUUAAUGCAAAAGAUGCUUCCGGGAGAACACCGCUUCAUGUUGCCUUUAUGCAUGAUAGUCCUGGUGUGACUAGUUUGCUUCUUGCUUCUGACAAAGUUGAUGCCGAAGAAAAAGAUCACAAUGGUUUGUCUGCGUUCGAUUACAAAGAUUUGCUGCAGAAUUUGACAGUCGGACAUUCGCCGGGUAUGAAGGCAGCGUUUUCUGCUAGGCGGUCGUUAUACAUCGUCGAGAUUUCGACUCUGGACUCCAAAGUCUCACUCAGACGCUCCAGCCUCUUCUUUAGCAUCGCUUUCCCCCUGAUCCCAACGAUCCAAUAUCUUCUUGACCUCCUUAAACGCAACGGGUUUCGUGAGGAACAAGUUAAUUCCAGAUUCAAGGGCUUCCGUCUCAUCAGCUACACUGCUGAGUCCCGUGAGGGCGACGAUCUUCGAUCGCUUCCACCCCUCACCUCGUGA